AUGACGUCGCGAGGCGGCGCGCGACCCGCGCCGACGCCGCCGACGCAUGACGAGACCCCCGCGGACCCGGAGGCGCUGAAGCUCGCGACGAUGUACCUCGCGUCGGUGACGAACGACCCGUCGGAUCGAUCGACGGAGCGCGCUAGACUCGCCGCGACGUCGUCGGAUCCCGGGGCCCUCGCCUCCUCCGACGACAGCUGGACGACGUACCUAGGCCUCGGGCCCAUCCUCGGCGUGGGGCCCGCCGCCGCGCGCGUCGCGGAGACGCCGCCGCCGCUGCUCCCCGGGGUGCUGCCCGAGGUGGAGCGCGCGGACUUCGACGGAUACCUGGCGCGCAUCGAGGCGCCGCGCGCGAGGUUCGUCGCCGCGCGCGACGCCGCCGCGGCGCGCGGAGGCGGCGGCGGCGGCGCGAUCGGAGAGAGGAGAGAAGACGGAGACGCCGGCGAGAUCGACCGCGCGCUCCGGCGCGUCCCGUCGAUAUACUUCCGCGAGGACUUCGACCUCGCGCGACACGAGCACUUCGACGCGGCGUGUAGUCCGGAGACGUCGUCGUCGUCGCUCGCGGCGACGUCGAUGGUGGCGCAAGAGCGCCUGUCGCACCACCUCGACGUCGUGGAGGUCGCGCUCGUGAGGGAGAUCGGGCGGCGCUCGGACGCGUUCUUCGCGGCGUCGGACGAGGUGCGCGCGCUGAGCGCCUCGGCGGAGGACGCGUGGGCGUCGAUCGUUCGACUCCGCCGCGUCGUGCGGGGGUUGAGAGACGCGAUGCUCGACGGCUCGACGCGCGUGAAGCGCCUACACGCGAAGCGCGAGAACUUGAUUAAGUUAACGGAAACGUUCGAGGCGUUAUCCAGCGUCGCGGAGAUGCGAGAGGAUCUGAGCGUGCUCGUGGAGUCGUGCGAUUACGCCGCGGCGCUGGACGUCGUCGACGAGUGCGCGAAGCUCGUGUCGUCGCCGUCGCUGAUCGGGUUGCGGUGUCUGCGCGCGACGCCCGCGCGGUUGCGCGCGAUCGCGACGACGUGCAACGACGUCAUGACGAGCGACUUGGCGCUCGCCGCGAGGGAGGGGCUUCACGGCGGCGGCGGGAGCGGGAGCGACUCGACCGGGGGGGUGCCGGAGGCGGCGUUGGCGUCGGUGGAAGCGGCGUCGGCGGCGUCGGAGGCGAAGACCGCGACGGCGGCGGCGGCGGCGCCGCCGAUCGACGCCGCGAGCCUCUCGAGCGCAGACGCGGACGCGGUCGAGGCGAUGCUCCCGCACGCGUGCGGGUUACUGAGAGGCGACGGCGGCGGCGCUCGCCUCGCCGGCGCGUUGCGGGCGUGGGGCGCCGCCGCGGCUUCCGACGUCGUCGACGCGACGCGUCGCGCGGCGGCGGCGUGCUGCGCCCGCGCGGCGGCGGCGAGCGCGCCGUCUUCGACCCUGACUCGCUUCAGCGUCAAUGGUGGCGCGGACGACGCCGCGAUCGCGGAGGCUUGCCGCGGGAUGCGCGCCGCCGCGUUCGACGCGACGAUCGACGCGAUAAGGGUCGCGUUGACGCCGCAUUUCACGCGCGCGGCGGCGGUGGCGGCGUCCGCGCGGCGGGCGCUGCGCGUCGGCGUCGGUGCGGAUCCUGAGGCGCGUUCUAUACACUAG